AUGACACCGUCAUGGCAAAUCGAGCAAUGUCUUCAGACAGAUGAUUGGUGCAUUGAUCCAACGGCACCCCUCCACCACGAAAUCCCUCGCUCCCAACCUCCAGAUUCUGUCAGCAGAACGACACCCUCCCCAUCUGCUUCCCAAAACAACGCCGGAGAAACUGCAAAACUCACAAGCAUCGACGAUUGGGCACUGGAGGCCGUGGCUCUGGUCGUCUCAGCCGGGAGCAUUGUCGCGAUCGCCGCAAUUCUUAGCCACUUCGAUGGUCGGCAGCAACCGGAUUGGCCCCGUGUCUCUCUCAACUCGGUGAUCUCAUGGCUGAGUACAAUCGCCAGCGCGGGUCUGAUGUUCGCCCUCACCAACUCCCUGGGGCAGUUGAAGUGGGUGUGGUUCGCUCACCAGAAGAAGCGGCUGUCCGAUCUGAAGCCGUUUGAUUCGGCCAGUCGCGGGGGAUUGGUUGGGAGUUUAGAGCUCCUGUGGCUUCUCAAAGGCCGUCACUUCGCCGUGCUUGGUAGUCUUACUGUGAUACUCGCGAUCGGGUUCGAUCCGUUCAUUCAGAACCUCCUUCACUACGUGUCGAGCACCAUUGAAUCACCCUCUCAGAUCUCUUUCCUCGGCGCCACAUCCCUAUAUAAUGUUGUUGGUCCAAUAAUCGCUGCAGAUUACCACUAUGUGGACCCCAUCCUCAAAGCCAACGUAUACAGUGCCCUCUUCAACAUCGAUUCCACCGCCCCUUGGGCCAUUCCCCAAUAUACCUGUCCAACGGGAAACUGCACCUGGGAUCCCAUAUCCAACCUGGCCAUGCGGGCCCUCUGCUCCGACGUCACAUCGCGUCUCAAUCGCACAUGCACGGCCAUCACCUCAGACAUGCAGAACUGCACAGUGCACCUGGGGGGCAACGGGCCCACCGCCUGGUACCGCGAAGGCGGAUCCACCUCGCAACCCAUGGCGAUGGCCGCCAUCACCGGCACCGAAAGCCUAGUGUACACGAACAGCACCUUCCCGGUGAUCCAAUACGUGCUCGCUGCCGGAUCCAACAACAACAACUCCCAAGCCACCUGGAAGAUUGCGACCAGCAUCGACAACAGCACCCGGUUCCUCGCCACGGAGUGCGCUCUCGAGCCGAUCGUCCGCAGCGUCCGCGUCGCCGUCUCAUCCGGCACUUACAAGGAAAUCGUCGUGGCCGACUGGACCCCCUACUACUACCCCAACGACUCCGCCACCUUCGAGUUCGCACUGGCCCCGUCAACCGGCAACACGACUUUUGGAAUGGGCUACGAAGCCUGGUCCUCUCUGAUGACCUUCAUCUCGACACUAUUCACCGGAUCCGUGACAGCCUCGGCAGGUACCUUCGGCUUCUCCGCCGGGCCCUCCUCCGCCUACGCAGUCACAGAUACAAUCGAAGCGAUCUUCUACGGCAAUUUCAGCACCACCGCCGCCUCCCCAGCAAUCAUGAGCUAUAACGCCCGCAACCAGUGCAACGACCAGCUCAGCUGCGCCGUGACGAACGUCGCCGCCGCUAUGUCCAAGACCAUCCGGGACGCAGUGUUCCGGGGCAGCAGUGAUCGAACUGGUAACCUCACUACCGGCCACACGAUGGUAAUGGUCCCGUUCGUCGCAGUGCACUGGGAGUGGAUCGCGCUUCCGGCAGUGGUGUGGCUGCUGAGCUGUGCGGUCUGGCUCGGGACGGCGGUCCAGACGCGGCGGCUGCAUCUGUAUACGUGGGGGACGAAUCCGUUGCCUUUGCUGUUUUUGUAUCGGGCUACGGGGGUGCACGAGAACGAGGAUGCGGAUGCGGAUCAUCACCAGCAGGUACAUCAUCCGACUGCAUGGACGGCGAGCGCCCUCGACCACGCCGCAGAGAAACUCCGAGUGAGGCUGGUUACGAAUGCGCACGAGGUGGCGUUGCAUGAUUGACUGUAUAGUCUAAAGUAUGGUUCAGCUAUUAAAAAGGGAUGUGAGAGACAAAAAGAAGAAAAAAAACAAAACCAAAAUGAAGGCUAUGUGUAGCGAUAUGUGCUGGC